GCAGAGCGCGACGCGAUGCCCCCCGGCGCCCCCGAAAGACCAUCUGGGAGAAGCCUAAAGGUGGAGCAGCUGAGACCCACAGCCUCCCUCCAGGACCUGCCUCAGUCGCGGUGCUGCCAAGGAAAGGUCUUGCAUGAGGAGCAUGUUGAACUCUUGAUGGAGGAGUUUGCAUUCCUGAAAAAAGAAGUGGUGGGAAAAGACCUGCUAAAAGGGUCUCUCCUCUUUACAGCUGGCCCAUUGGAAGAAGAGCGGUUUGGCUUCCCUGCGUUCAGUGGCAUUUCUCGCCUGACCUGGCUGGUCUCCCUCUUUGGGGAACUUUCUCUUAUAUCCGCCACUUUGGAAGAGCGAAAGGAAGAUCAACAUAUGAAAAUGACUGUGUGCUUAGAGACAGAGAACAAACGUCCGCUCACAUGGAUUGAAGAGAAAGGACCUGGUCUAAAACGAAACAGACAUUUAAGCUUCCAUUUUAAAUCUGGGUCCCUGGAGAAUAUGCCAAAUGUAGGAGUCAAUAAGAAUAUUUUCCUGAAAGAUCAAAACAUAUUUGUCCAGAAACUCUUGGGCCAGUUCUCUGAAAAGGAACUGGCUGCUGAAAAGAAACGCAUCCUGCACUGCCUGUGGCUUGCAGAAGAAAUCCAGAAAUACUGCUACUCAAAGAAGUAAGAGAAGGAAACAUGCGGCACAUCUAAGAUGGGACCAUAGUUUGCUUUUUAUGAAGAGUUGACCUCUAUCUCUAUUCUUACAAUUAAACAUAUCUUGGGCAAACAGGAUUUGCUUACUGUCCCGAGCUGUGUUGGGAGUGAUAUUUGGGAGUUGGGACACAUGUAAUAGGGAUGAGAGAACUAACCUUGGUAGAGCUGAGCCAAGUGCUUCGUAUGCCUGAUUUAAUUUACUCUUCCCAACAGCCCUAUCAGAUGGGUAUUACCAGGUUUGUUUUCAUUAGUGUAUUGGAAAAUUUUAUUUGAAGUCACCCAGAUAGUAAAUACGAGAACCAGCCUUUAAAUCUUACUCAUGCACUGAACCACUGCAAAAAUAGCCUCUUCCCUGCUUUAAGGAGUUAUGUUUCACCCAACAAACUGUCACUUGGCGAGUAUGCUAGGUGCUAAGGAUUCUAAAAAUGAGUAAGACAUAGCCGCUUUCCUCGCUAACCUUGUCGAAAGCAAACCAGUCAUACAAACUGGUCACUGUAAUGUAAUAGGUCCAGUAAAAGAGCUAUGCCCCUGGUCAUCUGGAGAAAGGUUUGGGGAAAACCUACAAACCAAAUCUUCAUAACUAGGUUAGUUGUGUACAGGUGAGAGGAGGGCUUUUCUUGGCAGAGUGCUGACGCGACCAAAGAGAAGGAAGUGAGAAACAAGCUGGUGAGUACCCUGGGAACAGUGUUGCUAGAGCAUUGUGUCUGGAGGAGGGAGUCCCAGAGAUUAAAUCUGUGGGGUCCCUAUAAGCCAGAUCAAGGAGCUAGGGUCUUAUUUCUUAGGCACUGAAGGCUCUUAUUUAACAGGGGAGUGGCAUGGUCAGUUUUCUAGUUUAGAAAUGAAAACUUCCAGGAGGAAAUGAGACUUGAGACCAAGGAGGAGGCAUCCCGUCAAGAGCCAACAAAUGUGUUCAUACUUGCAGCCCUUGGCUUAUCUAGACUCACUGCUUCUGUUGAGACACAGCUGACUUGAGGCAGAGCUGAUUCCCAGGAAUCUUCCCUUUCAUUUCAUUGGUUGUCCUGUUGCAUUUUCUUUGAAGCUUGUGUUAGAUUUCUUGCCUUUGUGAAUGUCUCCCUCUUGCUUUUUGCCUACUACCUUCCCAUUGUGAGGUUUAGGAGCUGGGAAGUCAUUGGUGUCAGCACUCUAUUUUCUACCUCGAUUUCCAUGAUUCUGUCACCAUAUACCUCAAGGUAGAAACCAAAACUCCUUAAGGUUGUUCUUUUAUUUGCCAUGUAAAACAGUUUAAUAAAUAUUGGUCAGUUA